ACCUACUAGCUAGUGUGCUACGUCGUCCUCUCUCAGUCCUAAACUCCACAGUAGAAGAGGGGAAACAAUCGUGCUCUUGUAGUGCCACCCCUCCCCAAUCCGCCACAUAGCUCUAGCCAACGUUGAGCCUUAGAGCAGGCAUUCAACUACACACAGGGCGACAAACUUAAUGCAUUUCCAAGACCCCUUACGGUUGACCGCAACAAACGGCCUAGCUACGUCUGUCAGCAUAAGCUGAAGUCGUCUCAAAAGGACAAGGUUCGUCAGUUCAUGACCUUUACUCAGUCUGGGGAGAGGACAGCUGUGUACUGCCUGACCCAGAAUGACUGGAAACUAGAGGUGGCCACAGACAACUACUUCCAGAACCCCGACCUCUACUAUAAAGAAUCCAUGAAAACCUCUGUGGACCGCAAGAAGCUAGAACAGCUCUACAACCGAUACAAAGACCCCCAGGAUGACAAUAAGAUCGGUAUCGAUGGGAUCCAGCAGUUCUGUGAUGACCUCACCCUGGACCCGGCCAGUAGGAGUGUUCUGGUGGUGGCCUGGAAGUUCCGUGCCGCCACACAGUGUGAGUUCAGCAGGAAGGAGUUCCUCGACGGCAUGGCCGAGCUAGGCUGUGACAGUCCAGAGAAGCUGAAGGCUCUGCUCCCCAGACUAGAACAGGAAGUCAAAGACACGGCCAAGUUUAAAGACUUCUAUCAGUUCACCUUCAACUUUGCCAAGAACCCUGGACAGAAGGGACUAGACCUGGAGAUGGCUGUGGCCUACUGGAACCUGGUUCUAUCUGGUCGAUUCAAGUUCCUGGACCUCUGGAACAGGUUUCUAUUGGAGCAUCAUAAGCGGUCGAUCCCCAAAGACACGUGGAACCUGCUACUGGACUUUGGCAACAUGAUCGCAGACGACAUGUCCAACUACGACGAGGAAGGAGCUUGGCCUGUCCUCAUAGACGACUUUGUGGAAUUUGCCCGGCCAAUCGUGACAGGGGGCAAGCGUAAAACCAUAUAGGUCACACCCAGUUCCCAGCAGGGGCUGACGAUUUUAUACACACCAGCCAAAAAGAGACUUCUACAAGACUGUCCAAGUUUGUGAGACUGAGCUGCCAAUCAGGGGCCGGGGAGCGACAUGACAGCCAAUCGGAGAGAAGGAAAACAACAACAGGAAGAGGAAGUUAUCUUUUUCUUUGUUUUGGGUCUGAGUCACUCCGGGAGGCGGGCUGUUAGCAGGGGGUGGGAUCGUCGCGGAGCUAUGAGCUCCGCUCCCAUUGGCUGGCUGGAUCAGACUGAUCGGCCAACGACUACAGUACCCAUACACCAGCCACCAUCAGAUCAGUGGGCGUGUCUAUAGAUUCUAGAACUGGUGCUCUGGUCCCACCCCCCCCUAGCUGCAGCCCCCCCCCCCCCCAACCCCGCCCCCCUCCUUACUAAAGAACGACUAGGGAGAGCAAACAGAACGGCAGAGAGGGGCGGACAGUUUGCUCUCUGCAGCAGACAGACAGAUUGGUGUGAUAUUUGAUCCAGUGGAGGCUGCUGAGAGGAGGACGGCUCAUCAUAAUGUCUGGAACGGAGCGAAUGGAACGGCAUCAAACACCUGGAAACCAUGGAAACCACGUGUUUGAUUGUAUUUCAUACCAUUCCACAGAUUCAGAUCCAGUCAUUACCACGAACCUGUCCUCCCCAAUUAAGGUGCCACCAACCUCCUGUGGUCUGAACCCACAGUAGUAAGACGUGUCCUCUCUGCCGGCCCAUGGUGGAUGAACUAGGAGGUUCUGCAUGUGUUUCUGGUUGAGCGUUAAGCGGCUGGACGAAGGAACAACAACAAAAUGUUUUUAUAUUAUUAUCGUUGAGUUUCUUCUCAUCGAAUCAGAGGUGAGGGGUGUGGUCGUCAUCCAAUGUUCUCAUCCAAUCCAACGUCAGUGUAAUGUUCUGCUUCCAUUUCAAUCUAAAGUGUAAAAGUUGGGUCAGUUUUGUUGUUAAUAUGUGUGAGGUUCAGGGUCUAUAUCCACAAGGCGUCAGAGUAGGAGUGCUGACCUGGGAUCAGUUUAGCCUUUUAGAUCAUAAUGAAUACUAGAGGGGACCAGAUCCUAAUGCUGACCCGGGAUCAGGUUAGCCUUUUACAUAAGAAUGAAUACUAGAGAGAGGACCAGAUCCUAGUGCUGACCUGGGAUCAGUUUAGCCUUUUACAUAAGAAUGAAUACUAGAGAGAGGACCAGAUCCUAGUGCUGACCUGGGAUCAGGGUAGCCUUUUAGAUCAUAGUGAGUGAGAGGACCAGAGAGGACCUACUCUGAGACGCUUUAGGAAUACAGGCCCAGUUCAGAUCCACUUUGGGUAUUCAGAUAGAACCGGACCGACCGACAGAGCAGCAUGCUUUACAGCUCAACACCAGCAGAAAUACUAUGGCUUCAGUUGGAACAGACUGUGACCAUAGGAUUCAUGUAUAGAUAUACCAUUUUAGAAUAAUGAAUACGAUACAAUUAUAAAGCAGACACGAUGACAUUUAUAAUCGUGAGAGAGAGAGGAAGAAGUAUUUGAAAUGCGUACGAGGUCCACAGAUUUCUAGUGCUUGUCCCAAACUGUACCCUAUUCCCUGUAUAGUACUGGUCAAAAAGUAGUGCACUAUAUAGGGAACGGGUUGGCCCAUUUGGGAUGCGCCAUGUCUCCAAGCUUUCUGUUUGAUUUGAGUUCGUUUGUUUGGGGUGUAACUGUUCACAUCACCUGAGACCUUGACUGUUGGUCUGGCAGUUAUUUUAUUUUCACAGGCAACGCACAGGAAGUUGAGUCUAUGAAUCGUAUUCAGUCUACAACUCUGUAUGUAGUUCAUAGUUGAAUCUAUGAAUCGUAUUCAGUCUACAACUCUGUAUGUAGUUCAUAGUUGAAUCUAUGAAUCAUAUUCAGUCUACAACACUAUAUAGUUCAUAGUUGAAUCUAUGAAUCAUAUUCAGUCUACAACACUGUAUAUAGUUCAUAGUUGAAUCUAUGAAUCAUAUUCAGUCUACAACACUGUAUGUAGUUCAUAGUUGAAUCUAUGAAUCGUAUUCAGUCUACAACUCUGUAUGUAGUUCAUAGUUGAAUCUAUGAAUCAUAUUCAGUCUACAACACUGUAUAUAGUUCAUAGUUGAAUCUAUGAAUCGUAUUCAGUCUACAACACUGUAUAUAGUUCAUAGUUGAAUCUAUGAAUCAUAUUCAGUCUACAACACUGUAUAUAGUUCAUAGUUGAAUCUAUGAAUCGUAUUCAGUCUACAACACUAUAUAGUUCAUAGUUGAAUCUAUGAAUCAUAUUCAGUCUACAACACUAUAUAGUUCAUAGUUGAAUCUAUGAAUCAUAUUCAGUCUACAACACUGUAUAUAGUUCAUAGUUGAAUCUAUGAAUCAUAUUCAGUCUACAACACUGUAUAUAGUUCAUAGUUGAAUCUAUGAAUCGUAUUCAGUCUACAACACUGUAUAUAGUUCAUAGUUGAAUCUAUGAAUCAUAUUCAGUCUACAACACUGUAUAUAGUUCAUAGUUGAAUCUAUGAACCGUAUUCAGUCUACAACUCUGUAUGUAGUUCAUAGUUGAAUCUAUGAAUCAUAUUCAGUCUACAACACUGUAUAUAGUUCAUAGUUGAAUCUAUGAAUCAUAUUCAGUCUACAACACUGUAUAUAGUUCAUAGUUGAAUCUAUGAAUCAUAUUCAGUCUACAACACUGUAUAUAGUUCAUAGUUGAAUCUAUGAAUCGUAUUCAGUCUACAACACUGUAUAUAGUUCAUAGUUGAAUCUAUGAAUCGUAUUCAGUCUACAACACUGUUCAUAGUUGAAUCUAUGAAUCGUAUUCAGUCUACAGAUCUAAUGUUAUUGGUCACAUACGCGUGUUUAGCUGAUGUUAUUGCAGGUGCAGUGAAAUGCUUGUCAACACCCAGUUCUUUGUUUUUAAACCCUUUCAGUUGUUUGUGUUGUUUUGGUUGGUCGUCAUGGGUUACUGCUAGCCAGCCCAGUGAAGUGAAUGUUACAGUACAUCAUCAGACCAGACUGAGACACGUCUACUACUACACACACACACACACACACACACACACACACACUCUGUGUGGUUAUAGUACAUCAUCAGACCAGACUGAGACACGUCUACUACACACACACACACACACACACACACACACACACACACACACACACACACACACUCUGUGUGGUUAUAGUACAUCACCAGACCGAGACACGUCUACUACACACACACACACACACACUCUGUGUGGUUAUAGUACAUCAUCAGACCAGACUGAGACACGUCUACUACACACACACACACACACACACACACACACACACACACACUCUGUGUGGUUAUAGUACAUCAUCAGACCAGACCGAGACACGUCUACUACACACACACACACACACACACACACUCUGUGUGGUUAUAGUACAUCAUCAGACUGAGACACAUCUACUACACACACACACACACACACACACACACUCUGUGUGGUUAUAGUACAUCAUCAGACCAGACUGAGACACGUCUACUACACACACACACACACACACACUCUGUAUGGUUAUAGUACAUCAUCAGACCAGACUGAGACACGUCUACUACACACACACACACACACACACACACACGGAACAUCUCAGUAACAGACAUCCUCUGACGCAGCAGGUAACAGGAGUUCUGCUUCAUUCUCCGGAAAUGUUCCUGAGAUUUUGGGCUGCGCCUCGUCUGUCUCCCAAAUGGCACCUUAACGUUGUGCACUAUGUAGGGAAUAGGGUGCUAUUUGGGAGGUAUGUUUUAAGUUACACCUGUUAUGCCACAUGUUCUUAGACAAUUGCACUUACAUCUGGGAGGGGGGGGGGGGGGAGUAUUGAAAACAUUCUGUUCAGUGUUGACGUGUAUCGACAGGAGAAGACAGAGACUAUGGAAGAGAGAGAGAGAGAGACGUCCUCUGAACCUCCUACACUACGGUACGCGCUGAGAGAGUGUCCAAUGUGUUGACUGUCUGAGCUUUACUCAUAUUCUGUAUUAUUUCCACUGAGAGGGAAGAAAAAGCAUUUACAACAUGUGUCAUCGUUCUGCAACGGAGACGUUCUACGUGACUUUGUUUUGGCAUCGGAAGAUCCCCCGUCAAUAAAGCAUGUUGUUUUUAACA